GUAACGAGACCAUUAACACGAUGCCGGAAAAGAUCUUGGACGACAUCUCUCAUCGCCGAUACAAUCCACUGCGGGGUACAUGGCUGCUGGUUUCCCCCCACCGCACGAAGAGACCAUGGCAAGGACAACAAGAAGCUGCGUCGAAGAUUACCCUCCCUGAAUACGAUCCAUCGUGCUAUCUCUGUCCCGGAAACAAGCGGGCGCAAGGGGAUUUGAACCCACAAUACAAGAGUACAUUCGUCUUUGUCAAUGACUACAGUGCAGUAAAGGAGGAACAAGCGGAAUACAAGCAACAAGGGGAUCCAAAUGAUCUCUCAAACCUCCUCCUCCGCGCCGACCCCGUCACAGGAAAAUGCUACGUUAUAACUUUCUCGCCAUCGCACAAUCUCACUCUCGCAGACCUGACACCGAACGAAAUUCUCCCCGUAAUCCAAACAUGGACACAAAUAUAUACAGCACAUCUCUCCCCCAAGUCACCCCUGGCAGCUGUCUCCAAACCCUCCACUAUAGCACCAGCAAGCAAUUCUAUAUCUGCGCCUAAUGCCCAGUACAGAUGGAUGCAGAUCUUUGAAAAUAAAGGCGCGGCAAUGGGCUGCUCCAACCCACAUCCUCAUGGUCAGAUAUGGACAACUACCGGUCUGCCAGAGGAGCCCUCCCAAGAACUCGAACAGCUGAAGAAAUACCGACGCGAGCACAACGGUAAGAGCCUAUUAGGAGAUUACGCCAAGCUUGAAAUGGAGAAGAAAGAGCGGAUCGUAUUCCAGAAUACGAGCUUUUUGGUCGUCUGUCCUUGGUGGGCAAUCUGGCCGUUCGAAGUCAUGAUCAUAAGUAAGGAGCAUAAACGAGCACUGGUGGAUUUAGACGAUGGUGAGAAAUUAGAUUUUGCUGAGGCAAUUGCGGAGGUUACAAGAAGAUAUGAUAAUCUGUUCGAGACGAGUUUCCCUUACAGUUCGGGAAUCCAUCAAGCACCGCUUGAAGGAACAGACGAGGAAAUCGAAGCGAGCCAUUUCCAUAUGCACUUCUAUCCUCCGCUUCUCAGGAGUGCUACCGUUAGAAAGUUCCUGGUCGGUUACGAGUUGAUGGCGGAGCCACAGCGGGAUAUCACACCUGAGCAAGCAGCUGCUAGAUUGAGGGAUUGUGGCGGGGAACUUUACAGGAAGCAUCUGAAAUAA